UCCCUCUGGCACGUCGCUUAUUACCGCUCAGCGAGCGACAGCUCUGUCCGUAUAUCUGUCACUGAAUCAAGUCACAAUGUUGGAUAAUGAGGUCUUUGCAUCUUUCGUUUUCUAUAGCACGCUUCUUGUGCUUAAAAUGUACAUCAUUGCAAUCAUUACGGGACAAGUGAGACUUCGUAAAAAGGCGUUCGCGAAUCCUGAAGAUGCAAUGAGACACGGAGGAGUUCAGUACUGCAGAGAAGAUCCCUACGUCGAGCGAUGCAGGAGGGCUCAUCACAACGACAUGGAGAACAUCUUCCCCUUCCUGUUCUUGGGUGCGGUUUACUCGAUGACAGAACCCUCUCUAAAUGUUGCACGAGUUCACUUUCUGGUCUUUUUUCUGGGCCGGAUUGUCCACAGUGUCGCCUAUCUGUGUGCCCUGAAAGCCCCUACUCGUUCCCUGGCUUACGUAAUCGCCCAAGUGCCCUGCUUCUCUAUGUUAGUGCAGAUCCUUUUCACCAUGGCCUCGCCCUGAUGGAAUUUCACCAACCAACGAAACUUUGAGGACGUUGUUUUCAGUUCUGAAUGUAUAGCAAUACAAGUAAUUGACUAUGUAGUCCAAAAUGCACUCAGUGUUCUAAAGA